AUGCCCAACGAACAAUCAUCUCCUUGUCCUGCCAUCAACACCACUCCCACAUCUCCACCUCCCUUAACAUCACCACCGGAAACCCACUUCUUCACUAUCCCUGAUAUUACUGUACCCAUACCGGUUUCCUCUUCAUCUCCAGUCACCUCUACUCCUCCAUCAAACCCUGUCUCACUUUCAUGUGUUGCAAACCCUACUUCUCCUCCUUAUUCCGAACAAACCAAAAGUGUUACUCCUCAGGCGUCAAAGGUCUCUGAGGAAGAUCCCGAUCAGUACUUGAACUCCUCCGUUCUAGACUCAGUGGCUCCCACAGAGUCACCAGAAAAGGAAGCAGCACAAAAUAUCAUGGCUAUCGCUGUUGAGAGUCUUAUGAAUGAAGGAGCCUCCCCUCUGCCUGAAAUUCAGGGGGAAGAAACUCCAUUCUUAGGGGUUGAAAGGACUCUGGUGCUUUUCGAGUCUCCGGUUCAUGACACCGUCACAGAAAAACCUGUUGAAGAACCUGAUUCUCUUUCAGCUAAAACAAACCAGGAGGGGGAAGUUGUGGCUGACAAACACAUUCUAGUGGUUGAGGUUGAUAAAGAUGCUGUGGAGGAACCUAGUUCCUUAGUGAAAAGAUCUACAAAAGUCCAAAAGUUUGUGGUUGAGAAUGAUUUGUUUGAAGGUGACAUUGUGGCUGUUGCAAGCAGGAACAGGAAGUUUGUUGAAAUGUCUAGAAAACAAAAGUGGGAAACUGUGGGAGAACCUGGUUUAAUGAAGACCAUUCCAAGUGACAGUGGCCUUGGGCAGGAGAGUUUGAGAACUCAGAAAAGUCUUGUGAGGUCGCACGUUUGA